AUGCUUCCCCUUAGACCCGCAUCCCAGGCAGAGCCUGCAGCCUCUCCGCCUCCGAGUGAGACCUACUCUUACUCACACGACGCGGCUGUUGCUGCCAUUACAUCCUAUUAUGAAUUGAUCGCUAGACUACAAAGGGAUGAAACACAGUUGGAGUAUCCGCCGCCGGGCGGGUGGCCUCAAAUUACUCGGGAAUCGUUCGCUAGUCUUGGCAAAACCGAUGCCGUCAUCGACCUCCUGCGUCAUAUUCCAUACUUCACCGACGACACCAUUGAAAUCUUGAACAUCACCAAUCCACGGUGCUUCAUCAACUCGUUUCUGUACGAAAUGAUCCAUGCAGACAGCGAAGAGCAGCGCCACGAGUCGCAAGAUUUGAAAGACGUCGAACAGAACAAGAUCUCAGACACUGCCGUUGAUGAGGACGGAUUCCCUCGUGGCAUGAUACUCCUCGCCAUAGGCGAAGAAUAUGGGUUCAAGGUGUAUCUUGACACCACCCAGGGGCUCAUCAUUCUGACUAUGAAUGGUGGAGACUUUCCACGCUGUGAGCCCGACUUUGAGGGUGAUGUGUCAAAUCCUUAUGUCGACUGGGAUGCGGAGGAGGGUCACGAACAAGGGACAUUAGGAGAUCAUGAGAACAGUGACGACGAGGAAGAGGCAGAGGACAUUUUCGGCGACAACGAUUGGAGAAGUGGCGCCAAGUCUGAAGCCUUCAGAAUCCAAACCUUCUUCGAUCUGUGCAAAGAGCAAUGGAGACGAAUGAACCUGAUGCCCAGGCUGGAACACCUAGGCCGGAUCGAUAUGCUCCAGCAUCCCGAGCCUUCUCCAGAUCAAGCUGUGCGUCAACGAAUUCUAAGAAAUGCUGGAUGGCCAGGCACUGGGCCGGAAGUUGGAAUGGAAUGGGAUAAGAAGAAGGCAAAGAAGGAUAUGAUUGAAUAUUUUGGUGCCUGGGAUUCCGAAGAGAGCGACUGA